AUUCUUCUAACAUGGGAAGGUUAGCUUGAGAAACAGGCAUGGCAAGGAGGUACUGGUACAGGGAAAUGCUGCCAUUUGCAGCCAUGGUUGCAGUUGAAUGCUCCAACGUUGGCACAAACAUUCUAUUCAAAUCUGCAACUUUGAGGGAAAUGAGCUACUAUGUCUUCGUCGCCUACUCUUUUGCAAUUAGCAACUUUUUGUUGUUACCUUUUGUCUUCAUCUCUCGCAGCUCAAGCUCAGUAGUUCUUCCUUCAUUCAGUUUCCCUCUUAUUUCCAGAAUCUGCCUCCUUGGGUUUAUUGGGAUGGAAAGAUUGGUUUUCAGAAGCUCAAGUACUCAGGCAAAAGUCAUAGGGACAAUGGUCUCAAUAUCAGGUGCCUUAGUGGUUCUUUUCUACAAGGGCCCAACAAUUUUUUCCUUUGCAUCAUCUGUUUCAGUUAAAUGGCCUCUAGGGUCAUCACAAUCAAAUUGGCUCAUUGGAGGCCUCCUGCUUUUUGCUGAAAACUUUCUUUUUUCGAUCGGGUACAUUGUUCAGGCACAAGUCAUGAAGAUAUACCCAGCAGAGUUCAACGUUGUCUUCUUAUGCAAUCUCUUUGGAACCAUUGUGUCCGUGCCAGUAUGCUUAAUAGCAGAACCAAACCUCAGUUCUUGGAUUCUAAGGCCAAGAAUAGCAGUUGCUGCAGUCAUAUACUCGGAAUUUAUUUCAUCAAUCAUAAGUGUUGUGAUGACAUGGUGUUUGCACCUGAAGGGGCCUGUUUAUGUAGCCAUUUUUAAGCCAUUGGCAAUUGCCAUUGCAGCUAUUAUGAGCGCCCUCUUCCUAGGAGAUGCUCUGCAUCUUGGAAGUGUGAUUGGAGCAGUAGUAAUAUCCCUCGGGUUUUAUGCUGUGAUAUGGGGAAAAGCAAUAGAAGACGUAAUAUUGGUUAAUGAUGAUCAAAGUCCUUUGCUGCAAAGCUGUAAAGUUGAAAAUAUGUAGCGAAAAAGAACAAUCGAGGAAUUGUCAACACUUGGAUUAAAUAAAGAUUAAACCCUAUU